AUGUCUCUAAAAGCCCCCGAAAACAAACCAGUCCUGGAAGCCUUGAGCCUCAAAGGCAAGACUGUCCUCGUCACAGGUCAGUACUUCAUCCCUACUUUUGCCCAUCUACAGACCGAGAUCACCAACUCGUCUGCAUAUCGUGUAGGAGGCUCCCGUGGAAUUGGCCUCGAUGUUUCGCGUGGCAUGGCCGAGGCUGGAGCCAACGUAGCUAUCGCAUACCGAUCAUCUAAUAAAGCUGGGAAUGAGGCUGCGGCCGAACUAAGGGAGAAGCACGGUGUCAAGUCCAUUGGCUACCAAGCAGACGUGUCCGACCCGGCUGCCAACGACGACCUUGUAGCCAAGGUAGUCAAGGACUUUGGGUGCCUGGAUGUCAUUGUGAUCAACGCGGGUAUCUCUGACUGCUUUGAUACUAUCGACUCGACUCCCGCCAAAUAUCGCGAGCAGUUGGCCGUGAACUUGGACGGUGCUUUCUAUAGUGCCCAGGCUGCCGCAAAGGAAUUUAAGAAGCAAGGCUUCGGCAACAUCAUCUUCACAACCUCCAUCAGCGCUGUGAUCGUGAACCGCCCCCAGAACCAAUCCAUUGUAAGAGCCCCUGCACACGACGCGCGAGAUGUGAGCCGCUACUUACCAUUAAUCCAGUACAAUGCCUCCAAGGCUGGCCUUCUCCAUCUGGCCAAAAGCCUCUCCAUUGAGUGGAUUGACUUCUGCAGGAUCAACUGCAUCAGUCCGGGCUACAUAGCAACAGAGAUGGUACAGUACGAUCCAGAGGAAUGGAAGCGCCAAUGGCUUGCCGAGACACCCAACCGCAGAUUCGGCCAGCCUUAUGAGUUAAAGGGGGCCUACGUUUUCUGCGCAUCCGACGCAUCAAGCUUCAUGACGGGGGGUCACAUUGUGAUAGAUGGUGGAUACACGGUUGCUUAG